CCAUCCGCGUACUAAUCGCCAUAUUGGAUAUUGCUAUAAAUACCAAAGUAAUUUCCAUGCCCAAAAUAGCACAACUUGCGGAUUUUUGCAGUGGAGGAUCCUACUGAAACCACGGUGAAUAUAGCCCUUUACUCGAGAAAAGUUGACGUGGACUCGGGAGGAAAUACCUCUGACCUUUAUAUAAGAGAACAAAAGACUUGACCAGGUGACCAUAUAAACAUCAAACAGAAAUGGGGAGAAAGAAGAUUUCUAUCCAGAGGAUCAACGAUGAAAGGAACAGACAGGUGACGUUCACAAAGAGAAAGUUUGGUCUGAUGAAGAAAGCGUAUGAGCUGAGUGUACUGUGUGACUGUGAGAUAGCACUCAUCAUCUUCACAUCCAAUAACAAGCUGUACCAAUAUGCCAGCUCCGACAUGGACAAGGUCCUCCUAAAGUACACAGAAUACAACGACACUGUCGUCAGUCAGACCAACAAAGACAUUGUUGAGAUGCUAAGCAAAAAAGAUUCAAAGGGUGAUGGAGAUGAUGGCGAUGAUGAUGAGUACAAUCUGACGCCGCGUACAGAGGAAUCCUACAAACGCAUUGACCAGGAAUAUGCCCGUGUUAUGCAACAGGGCACUCAAUCACAUAUGACGCCGGUACCACAGAUGUCAGUGUCUGUGCCUGUACGACAGGCAGGAGGUGUGGCCAACGUUUUUACCCCCCAGAGUAUACCUGUACCCACCCAGCAGCCGACCACAGGUACUGUGGUCCUUCUACAGCCCCCUACCGCGCACAAUGUCUCACCAAGUCCCCCAGGUAAUAAGAUGAUGAGUGUAGCGACAGCCACCACGAGUCGGGUAUCCCCGGCCCCCACAACCAGCUCUGUCAUGAUGAUGCCCAGCAAGGAUGAGGGAAAGGCCAGACCAUCCCUCCGUGUACUGAUACCCACUAAACCAGGCGAAGUGACGACCAAGAAUCCUUUGACCACGUUAGACACCCCUGUUGUGAGUAAUGCCACACCUGGAGGGCACCAAGCCCAGUCGAUACCGUCCUUCUGUCUGCCCUCAGCCAUGUUGCCCAGUGACUUACAGAUAGACAGUGCAGACCUGGCCAAGUUACUGGGUGGCUCUGCUGGUCCCCUCACUGCUGCUGUACAGGCCUCAGGGAUAUCCUUUACAUCUGGUAAUUUGACCCCCUCUGGAAUGUCUGGUAUACACAACCUGCUGAUCCCUGCCUCACAAGCACAAGCCCUUAGGAUCAGCCUCGCAGGACACAACGUCAAGUCAGAACCACCUACCUCGCCCAACGAGGACCGGGGAGGAACCAAACCACCAUCAGCACACAUGACCAGAGAUAGCUCGGAUGAGCCACCAGAAAAAAUGUCCAGAAUGUCGAACGAUCGAUGACCCCCUCCAUGUUAGAUGCAAUCAUUAAGUUUCUGUAAAUAGUCAUACAUCGUAGAUCAUAUUUCAAUGUACAUAGCCCAUUUACACAUCAUGGAGAUGUGUAGGUAUCCCCAAGUAUUUUAAAUACAAUGUAUGGACACUUAAACACGCAAAUCCAUUUUAAGGAUGUUCGCCCAUCAUGUUCAACUUUUUUUAACUCUCUCAAAACCAUAGAUGUCCAUUGGGUUUAAAUAAUGGUUCUGUGAAAUAGUGAAAAAAUAGCCAGUGAUUUCAUGUUGUAGUCAAUUGUUGUAGAUUUUUAAAAUGACAGUAGACUGAUGUAGAAAAGUAGCAGUCAACAUUUAUUAUAUGAACAUUUUGACAAAUCAAUGUCAAUCAGACAGUUUUGUAUUAUUUAUCAGAAGAAAAUGUUUUCAUAAAAUUGUUUUGAUUUUGUAGAAAGAAUAACACAUCAUUUUCAGGAUUUUUACUCUUGGAGAUCAAAUUCAAAAAGAUUUAACAAUUUAGGAAACUUCUUAUGUUUAUAAGAGUCUAACAAAUCAACCAAGAAGAUAGGCAUUCAUGAAUGGCAGUUUCAAUAAUAGUUCACUGUACGUAAAGACUAAUUCGUACAGAAAAGAAAGUUAAAUACUUUGAAGAUGAUGAGUAAGCAUACAUUAUAUUAGCAAAAUGUUGUAAAUAGGUAGUGAGACUUGUAGCGAUUUUGUAGUAAGAGGUUUUGCACAGAUUGUAAUUCUGUACAGAAAUUGCAUAUCAGCCCCUAUGGAGUCCCGUGUGUUGUUUCGGCAGGAAUAGUGCUACUUAUCCGAACAGUUAACGUAGGGUGGCUUUCAUUUGUCACGUUCCAAAUGGUUGAACCAGUGUUGUUCGUUCAUGAAUAGGGAUAGGCGUAGUAGGCAAAGUCUUGCAUUAUCCCUAAAAUGUAACAUUUAAUAUAGACGAAUUGGUUUGUCUGCAUACAUUAACCAGGCCCUUGUAGACCCAUGCCAGUGGGAGACUACGAGAUUAUUUCCCUAACUUGUGGCAUAUUAUAGCGUUAAUCAUAUUUUAGCGUUAAUCAUAUUUUAGUGUUUUUCAUUAUUUAAAUAAUGCACAUAAAUAUUAUUGUGUUAAUGAAAUUUACGUGUAAUGUUUUCUGUUACAUAUAUUUUAGGUGUGCCUAUUCGCCAAUGGUCUUAUCUGUUAAAAUUUGAUAAUGCACGGAUGUUUGAGUGUGCUAAAACAGUGUUAGCAUGUAUACGGUAUCCUGUAACAUGAAAUUAAUUAGAUAUAAUGAAAUACAUUGUAUUAGUUGUCAAAGUUACAUUUCAGUACUGAAUGUAUUCCAUUUGUUGAUAAUUGGUUACAUUAUCAAAUACAGAACGUCUAUAAAAAUAUGUCCCAGGAUUUGAAAACUUAUCGAAAACCAUGAUGUUGCAUACACUUUUGUCCUUUUGGGCAGACUUGGCAAUAGUAAAAUUUUAGGAAAUUUAAGUAAAAUAGAGUACUAAUUCUUAAUACUGUUUAUACAAACAUCAAGGGAAGUGGUCUUGUAGUCCUCCACUAGAUGUGCCAAGUAAUGUUUAUGUAGUUUUUAGCUGGUUUUUAAACACUUUUUAACUUGUCAAGACAUAAUAUAUACACGUACUACAUGCAAUACAAUAUUUUGUGACUGAAUAUUCUCUGAUUAUUUUGUUGUAAAAAUAUAUUGCAAUUAAUCACAAAUAUGAUAUUUCUGAAUCACAAAAAAUCUAAAUAUUUUUUCUUUGAUACCAAAUGUGCCAUUUUGAGUCCAUACCUUAAGAGUAUAUUAAAUAAUGUACCACUCAAUAGAAUGUAAAAUUAAAAUAGAAACCUCUAAUGUAGAAAUGUUUACUUGUUGUGUAAUGAUCAAAUAAUGUCUGGUUUCUGAUUGCACUUACUGUCAACCAAAUUAUUGUAUGUUUUACAUUACUGCUUCAUGAUGUUACAAAGCAUGAAUCCAGAAAAGGGACGAUCAUUUCAUGUCACCACGCACAAAAUUUUAACUAUGAGGCAGCUUUAUUUUGAGACUUUCUUGAGGACCGAAGCAUGUUGGUCAGGACUAGAAUCUGAUAUUCUACACUGGUAUAAUGAAAGACCGUAAUUGAUUUUUUACCGUAAUUUUUUUUUUUUUUUUUAAUUUUCAUAUUAUAAAAAAAUUGUAUUUCCUUAUCCUGAAUUCCUAGAAAGAUACUGAAAGGCUAUCAAAGUUGUGUCAAGUGAGCGGAGGACAGAAAAUGAAGCUUGUUUACAAGGUCACUGCUAUGCUUGUAGUGUCUGCUAUUUGUAAUUAAUGGAUGUUGAUUUCCUUCUGUUUUUGUCAUGUUGGACAUUUUGGUUUCUGUCUGUUACUUAAAGAUUCUUAUUUUUAAAGUCUGAAUAGUAUAGAAAAUAAAUAAAUAUAUGAUGUCUAAAUUAAUUAAAGGGAUGUAAUUCUAAGAUUAAAAUUUCUUCUUUCUUGGAUUCAGAAAUUUUGUAUGCAGAAAAGUAGAAUAAGUACUUUUAGCUGUUCCAUUGUAAAUUUAAUGACACUAAUGGGAAGAGAUAGACAUCCUUUAAAAUCAAGCUUGUAGAUGUACUUUUAAAAAGUAAUAUAUUCCAGCCCUUUAUUGCUGUAUGUUGCUAACUUAGAUAAGGCUUGUGUCAGAAUUCAGAUGCUGAUUAAUGGCUAGCAUUAAAACACAAGAGAUAUUAUGUAAAAGUCAAAAUAUUACCUCCUUCACAAAUCCUCAGAAAAGUUUGUUUCCUGGUUGUGUUUAAUGAAUUUUUUGUUGAUCAAUAAUAAUUUGAGACAAGGUUUUGUGUUUAGUAUAGUGGGACCUUGGUAAUAUGGACUCCAGAAUUUGUUUUCUGGACGCCAAUAUUUACAAGAAAUGAUUGUUGUUUUAGAACUGCAAUAUUUGUGAAUUCUGUUGUUUUAUUCACUGUUCAUACAUCCUGAAGUGGUGUCAGUUACAAGCAGUCAUCAGUAUGUAUCACAUGUUCCUGAAUCAGUUGUUGAGCCGAUUCCUAUUGUCCCGUUGUUUUUAUCAUGCACUUACUUUGAUGUAUGCAGGUGUUUUCAUCUGUUACUUGUUUGUGUAGACAAUCUUUUAGGUUACGUUGACCUCGUAUAUAAUUAUGUAAAUGUACAUAACACAAAAUCAUGUUUUUAUUUUUAAAUAUUGAUGAAAUUCCUAUCAUUAUUCUCUCAGAAUACCUAAUUAUUUUGUAAACCCUUUCAUGGCGAUAAUAUGAGACAUGCAAUUCAGAAGAAAAAAAGUGGAACCAUAGCUUCCUACCACUUACAAGUAAGAUAAGGUUGGGUAAAAUGACAGGAAUUCACACCUCAUUUGGGUAUACAUAUACCUUUUUAACAUGGAUACUUGAAGUAGUAUCUGGUCCCUCACAGCUCCCUAACCUUUUUACAUGGGUACCUUGAGGAGUGUCUGGUUUCUCAAUGCCAAACAACUUCUUUGGACAUCUAUUGUUAUUAUAUGCCAUUGUGGUAGGAUUCCCGCAAGAUCCUUUUAAUUUCUAUUCUGGAAUGACACCAAAACAUGAGUUCAUACAAAUAUCGACUUUUUGUAUUACUUUAGUAACAAUAUCAGAUGACUUUUCCAUGCUUUCUUCAACUGUAAUUGGAAAUUGUAGCAAUAUUUUACAUGUAGGAACAGUUAAUUACAUUUGGUUUCUCAAGCAACACAUAGUAGGAUAUUUUAUGGGGCAAAUUGUCCGAUGCACAACUAUUAAGUCAUUUCACAAGCGAUGAAUAUUAACACUUGAAUUGGACUUUUUCGUGGUAGAGUACUCAAAUGGCCUUCGUGACUUUUAGUAAGACUGGAGGAGAAAUGUACAUGCUUCUGUGCAAAAAAGUUGUAUUUGGUAAAUUAAUAUUCUGGAAUUGUGCUUUACAGAAACUGAAAUAUGAAGUGUAAAGAUGGUACCAACAUCUGGUGGUAAUGUAGUUCAUAAUAACAUGUUGUGGCUAACAUGGGUUGGAUUUUAUCCAGAGUUUCUGCAUGUGAUUUUAGAUGUUAGGAGUUGAUUUUAGAUAUUCAAAUGUAGACAACCAAAGAAAAAGUGCAUAAUUUAUGCAUCUUGACCCCUGACAACUGUCUAAAUGAAAUUAUCAUAAAUUGUUAUUGAUCUCGCAUAAAAUGAUGAAGAUAUUAUUGUAGUUUUGUCAUUGUAUGGAUUUGUAAUCUCUUUUUGUUUGGACAUACUCUUUUAUCAGAUCAUCAGUAAGGGGCCACAUAAGGGAUAUUUAGUGAGUUGUUGAUGUAUAUCAAUGUACAUUUAUAAUUAUGUACACUUUUUUUGUAUAGUGAACCCUUGAUGAGCCUUAAUACUUGAUUUGAACCUGGGACUAUCACUGAUUUUAAUGUAACCCCCUUUAGAGUAUCCUCAUGGUUAUCUCCCUUCGUGAAUGAUUGUGAGGUUGAGUUACGACUAUGUUUGACCUCAUUUUCCUGUUAGAACAUUUUAACAUAUUUAACAUUUUAAUGGAUUUCUAACCGACAACCAUGAAUGGUGGUAAAUGAAUGUUUACCCAUGAUUUGUGUACAUCUUGUAUACUGAUACCUUUAUACGUUACUGAUUACCGGUACCAGGUGGUCUUUAAAUCAUCCCAUUGGUUUUGUACUCACACUUGAGUAAUGUACUAUACUAUUAUAUCAAUAUUUUCUUCAUGACACUGUUUUCCAGAAAAUAAAAGAGGUAAAUCCAU